GAAGGACAUGUCCCUGACUCCCAGGAAGGUGACGUUAGGUUCCCUUUCUUUCCCUCUCUUUCCAGGUGCCAAGCUCUCCUGAUGAAAUGUGUUCUGCCUCACUGGGCUCUGGGGGCAGUAUCUGGUGCUGUUGAUGCCCUUGUUCGAACUUUCCAGAAUGGAUAGUCCCCCAAAGCUGACUGGAGAGACCCUCAUCGUCCACCACAUCCCCCUAGUUCACUGCCAAGUCCCAGACAGGCAGUGCUGUGGAGGAGCAAGUGGAGGUAGUGGGAGCACAAGACCCAAUCCCUUCUGCCCACCAGAGCUGGGCAUCACCCAGCCUGAUCAAGACCUGGGACAAGCUGACUCCCUACUAUACAACAGUCUGCACUCUGUUCCAGGGGCAUCUACACGGUCUGCAGACAGCAUCAAGAGUAGAGGCCGAGAUGGAAGAGGCCCUGGGGCCCCCAAACGUCACAAUCCCUUCUUGCUGCAAGAGGGUAUGGGUGAGCCAGGACUUAGUGACCUGUAUGAUGACAGCAUUGGUAACAGUGCCACACAGCAGUCCUUCCACCUGCAUAGCACUGGCCAACCCACAUUCCAUCUUUCUUCUUUCCAGCUGUCAUCAUCUGGUCCCAGAAUGGGCAGGCCAUGGGGAACAACACGAGGUCGGGCUGGAGUGGUGGAGGGGCAGGAACAGGAGCCAGUGACAACCUUGGAUACCCAGCAGUGUGGCACUAGCCACUGCUGCCGGCCAGAGCUGGAAGCAGAGACCAUGGAACUGGAUGAAUGUGGGGGACCCGGUGGGAGUGGCAGUGCAGGGGGAGCCAGUGAUACCUCGGGCUUUUCCUUUGAUCAGGAAUGGAAGCUCAGUUCAGAUGAAUCACCGAGGAACCCUGGACGCUCUGGUUCAGGAGCUCAGCACUGUCACUGCAGUAGCACAUCCAGUCAGUCCGAGGCAGCUGACCAGUCCAUGGGCUAUGUCAGUGACUCCUCCUGCAAUAGUUCAGAUGGCGUGCUGGUUACCUUCAGCACCCUCUACAACAAGAUGCAUGGCAACUCCCGGGCCAACCUCAACUCUGCCCCACAGUCCUGCAGUGACUCCUCCUUUUGCAGCCACUCAGACCCUGGCGCCUUCUACCUGGACCUGCAACCCUCCCCAGCUGAGUCUAAGAUGUCUUGUGAGUCCCACCACCCUGAAAGUGGAGGCAGGGAAGGAGGCUAUGGUUGUCCUCAUGCCUCAUCUCCUGAGCUCGAUGCCAAUUGCAACUCCUACCGCCCACACUGUGAGCCCUGCCCAGCUGUGGCUGACCUCACAGCCUGUUUCCAGAGUCAGGCCCGUCUUGUUGUGGCCACACAAAAUUACUAUAAACUUGUCACCUGUGACCUGUCCUCCCAAUCAUCCCCAAGCCCAGCUGGCUCAUCUAUCACCAGCUGCUCUGAAGAACACACCAAGAUAAGCCCCCCACCAGGCCCCGGCCCAGACCCAGGACCCAGCCAGCCCUCUGAGUAUUACCUCUUCCAGAAGCCAGACGUCGAGCCAGAGGAACAAGAAGCAGUGGAUUCCCCUGUGAAAGCAGAAGCUGCCAUGGACCCCACUGCACUUGAGGGACAAGUGUACACAAAUACUUCCCCUCCCAACCUCAGCACAGGACGGCAGCGCUCUCGCAGUUAUGAUCGCAGCCUUGAGCGCAGCCCUCCUGUCCGCCUAGGCUCACUGGAACGCAUGCUGAGUUGCCCGGUACGCUUAAGCGAGGGCCCUGCAGCCCUGGCUGUGCCCAGUUCCCCACCCAGGAGGGUCACGUCCUUUGCUGAACUGGCCAAGGGCCGGAAGAAAGCUACAAGCUCUGGCUCUCCUCCACUUCGGGUGAGCAUUGGGGACUCCUCCCAGGAGUUCUCCCCCAUCCAAGAAGCCCAGCAAGAUAAAGCGGGCCCACUGGAUGAAGGCACCCGCUGUAGCCAUAGUCUACCACCAAUGCCCUUGGGGCCCGGUCUGGACCUACUUGGCCCAGAGCCCUGGUCUACACAGGUCUAUCAGGGCACCCAGUCCAAUGAGAUGCCACCCACUGGCUUCAGAGCUGCUGGGCAAGGCCCCUUGGCCCAACUGAUGGAUCCAGAACCUGCUAUCCCAGGGAUCCCAGCCAACAACCAUACCCAGAGGGAUGCAAGAGCUAGAGCUGACGGGGGUGGUGCUGAGAGCCGACCAGUCCUUCGCUACAGCAAGGAGCAGAGGCCAACCACGCUGCCCAUCCAGCCCUUUGUUUUCCAGCACCACUUCCCCAAGCAGUUGGCCAAGGCCCGGGCCCUCCACAGCCUUUCCCAACUCUAUAGCCUCUCAGGCUGCAGCCGUGCACAUCAGCCUGCCCUACCAGCUGCUCCUACUGCUCAAGGCCAAGCCCCAGUUCCCUCAGGGGAGCCACAGGCAUCCACACCCCAAACCACUGGCAGAAGUUCCAGAAAAGCUGGGCCUGAGCCAGAGACCUCACGGCCGUCACCCCUGGGAAGCUAUUCCCCUAUCCGGAGUGCUGGCGCCUUUGGGCCCAGCACUGACUCUUCUGCCUGUACUUCGUGCUCCCCUCCUCCUGAGCAGGCUACAGCCACAGAAAACUUACCCCCAUGGAGCCACUCCUGUCCUCCUACUAUCCCACCUGCUACCUCCCAGCAGCCACCGAAGGAGGAUCAGAAGAUACUGACCUUGGCUGAGUACCGACUCCAUGGAACAGGAAGCUUGCCACCUCUGGGCUCCUGGAGAUCUGGCUUCAGCCGGGCAGAGAGCCUGGCCCGAGGAGGUGGUGAGGGCAGCAUGGCUUCUAGGCCCAAUAAUGCCAACCACCUAUCCCCUCAAGCCCUCAAGUGGCGGGAAUACAGGAGGAAAAACCCACUAGGGCCACCUGGUUUGUCAGGGAGCCUAGACCGGAGGCCACAGGAAGCUCGACUGGCCCGCAGAAACCCCAUUUUUGAGUUCCCUGGUUCCUUCAGUGCUGCCAAUCAUCUUAACUGCCGACUGACUGGUCACAUAGUGAAGCCAUUACCACUGACCUGUCCUGACUUCCAAGACCCCUUUUCCUUGACUGAGAAGCCUCCAGCUGAGUUUUGUCUGUCUCCAGAUGGCAACUCAGAGGCCAUUUCCAUUGACCUGCUUCAGAAAAAAGGGCUGAUAAAAGCUGUCAACACUGCUGUGGACCUCAUUGUGGCCCAUUUUGGCACAAGCCGGGAUCCUGGGGUGAAGGCAAAGCUGGGAAACAGUUCUGUGAGCCCCAACGUAGGCCAUCUGGUUCUGAAGUACUUGUGCCCUGCGGUCCAGGCCGUGCUGGAGGACGGGCUCAAGGCCUUUGUACUAGAUGUUAUCAUCGGGCAACGUAAGAACAUGCCAUGGAGUGUGGUUGAGGCAUCCACACAGCUGGGUCCAUCUACUAAGGUCCUGCAUGGCCUCUACAACAAAGUCAGCCAGUUUCCAGAGCUCACUAGUCAUACCAUGCGCUUCAAUGCCUUCAUCCUUGGCCUGCUCAACAUCCGGUCCCUGGAAUUCUGGUUUAAUCAUCUCUAUAACCACGAAGAUAUCAUCCAGACUCAUUACCAACCCUGGGGCUUCCUGAGUGCUGCUCACACCGUGUGCCCUGGUCUCUUUGAGGAGCUGCUUUUGCUGCUACAGCCCCUGGCCCUGCUGCCCUUCAGCCUCGACUUGCUGUUCCAGUAUCGACUGCUGCAAAGUGGGCAACAGCAGCGGCAGCACAAGGAACUUCUGCGGGUGUCCCAGGACCUGCUAUUGUCUGCCCACUCAACACUGCAGUUAGCCCGGGCCCGGGGCCAGGAGGGCCCUGGAGACAUGGACAGGGCAGCCCCUGGGGAGCGAGUGAAGGGUGUGGGUGCCCCAGAAGGUGGAGAAGAGGAUGAAGAAGAGGGGACAGAGGUAGCUGGGGGCUCAGGGAAUGGUAGGUGGGCCAGAGGAGGGCAGGCUGGCUGGUGGUACCAGCUCAUGCAGAGCUCCCAGGUCUACAUCGAUAGUUCCACUGAGGGUUCUAGGUUCCCUCGAGGUAGCAGCAACAGCAGUGGCGGUAGUGGUGAGAAAAAGAAAGGGGUAGGAAGUGGGGGGCUUCCCCAGGCUCCACCCCCCCGAGAGGGAGUAGUAGAAGGGGCUGAGGCCUGCCCUGCUUCUGAGGAGGCCCUUGGCCGAGAGAGGGGCUGGCCCUUCUGGAUGGGGAGCCCCCCUGACUCUGUGCUGGCUGAGCUGAGGUGCAGUCGGGAGAAGGAGGGGCCCACAGCCCCACCAGCAGAAAAUGAGGAAGGGAACUCAGAGCCUUCGCCUGGGGGCAUCAAGUGGGGACACCUCUUUGGUUCCCGAAAAGCUCAGCGGGAGGCCCGGCCCACAAACAGGCUGCCCUCAGACUGGCUGAACCUGGACAAGUCUAUGUUCCAACUAGUGGCACAGACAGUGGGUGCCCGCCGGGAGCCUGAGCCCAAGGAGAGCCUGCAGGAGCCACACUGUGCAGCCCUGUCAUCCAAGCCUCCAUGUGAAGUACAGGCACUGUGUCACCAUCUGGCCACAGGCCCUGAACAGCUGAGCUUCCACAAGGGAGAUAUCCUACGGGUGCUGGGUCCAGCUGGAGGAGACUGGUUGCGCUGCAGCCGUGGCUCUGACACUGGCUUGGUGCCUCUGGCCUACGUGACUUUGACCCCAACUCCAAGUCCAAGCCCUGGAAACAGCCAAAACUGAGGUCCUGUGCAUGCUGGUGGCCUCAGGGAUCCUAGUAACCCCUAGACUCAGCACAUGAGAGCCCUUCCCAAGCCCUCUGGCUUGGCUACAGAAAGUAGACUGAGAGCUGGGGGCCACAUAGCUCUCUGCUGGCACCUGCUUCCUGUACUCAGUAUUAAUUACUCCCUGUCAACUGUCCCAGUGUCCCUGUCCAGACCUCCACCCAGGAAAGGAGGAAAGGGACAUAGCACUGGGCUGCUAGGAUUUCCCCAGCCCAUCUGGGACAACCCUUCCAUGGGUGUACACAAGCAAGUCCCUACAGAGGGAGGUGGCCCAGAAGGCCAUUUGUAGGGUUUCCUAGUGAAGUGGUAAUGAGGAUAGGUAACAGUAUUGGGGCCAGAUCCCUAAGCACACCCCUUCCCCCAAGCUGUAAAUAGGCUGUGGCCAGUGCCUGGUCAUCAAAAGAGGGAAAAGCCCAGGCUUCUGUUUAAUGUAUGUAUUUAUUUAUUUAUUACAUCUACUAAUAAAAAAGGUGCUCAGCCUCCAAA